AUGGAUUCCAUGGAUAUAGAUUCCCCUACGGAAAUACCUCAAGUGGAUGGAGAAGCCGAGUCUUCGACAAAUGCUGGAAUUCCAUCCGAAGCCCCAGCAUCAGAACCUAAAGACCCAAAACCUACGGCCCCCAAAUCUAAGAUAUCGAACAAUGCGCCUGGUUAUAGAUACAAGUAUCCAGAGGCCGCUCCGACGCCACCUGGUGUUGACGACGACAGAUGGAAUAAGAUAUACGUGGCUGCAGAUUCUCGAUUCUAUAACAGAGCCAAGAAGAAUGCGGCUGAAUCCAGAAAGAUCAGACUGACUGGCGAGACUUAUCAAUUAGCACUCAGAAUUCUGAAGGAGAGGGACGAGAAGGAAGCCGAAGCCGUGGCAGAUUUGGCUGCUGGUAUCGCACCGCCCCCGAAAAGAACGCCAAAGCCGAAAGCUCCACCAAAGAUGCCAAAAGCUCCAUCUACAAGCUCUCGAGACGGCACACCGGGUUUCAAUGAUAGGAUUUCUUUAAGCAUUUCCGAGCAGAUCAAGAGUGAAGGCCGUGCUCGUAAAGCACUGCCAUACUCUAGCCAUGGAUCUCCUGGGCCAUCUGCUGCUAAGUAUAGCAGUCCUGCGCCGUCACAAAUCAAGUCGGAAAGAGCAGAGAGACCAGGACCGAAGAAGAAGGGCACCGCCGCUACUAUCAAAAAAGUUCGACCGAAGGGGGCCAAACCGGAAGGCCCUACAGAAGCUAGAUCACAACGUAACAGCGCCACUCCUGGACUGAGAACUGGCCCAUCUGACGACGAUGACAGCAAUGACGGCGGCGAAUAUUGUAUAUGUCGCGGUCCUGAUGAUCACCGCAUGAUGAUAUUCUGCGAAGGAGGUUGCGAAGACUGGUAUCACUGCUCAUGUAUCGAUGUUAAUGUCGAGGACGCGAAAGAACUUCUGGAUCGAUUUAUUUGUCCGAAUUGCAGCUCUGAUACUGCAUUUACUACCUGGAAGCGAAUGUGCAGAUACCAUAAUGUUGAUGGAUGUCGGAAGGCUGCUCGUGUUAGCGAAGUUCCACCUAGCAAGUAUUGCAGUGACGAGCACGCAACUGCUUUUUGGGAAUUUGUUGCUCGAAAAGUUCGCUCCAAUAAGAAACGUACUAUGGGCGGUGCCUUGGGCGAGAAAGAAUUCGGAGCGUUGUUGGAUUCAUGUAAGACAGCAGCCGAUUUUCACGCCUUUGGUUCGAGACCGAAGUUGCCAGUACCUGAAGGCUACGACCCAAGUCAGCCAUUGGGACUCAACUAUUUGCUCCCUGAAGAGGAAUCUACCAUAAGUAAAAUCAAGGCCAGACGCACAAUCAUUGAACAACGCAUUGAAGGAUUCAAAACAGCCCAGAAACUUUUGAUCAUGAUGAACCGACGCGCCAAGAUCGCACAAGAACAUCCAGAUGUCGAUGUCAAAGAGAUAUGCGGGUACGACAAUCGCCUCGCCCUGAACGAAGAUGAGCUCGGUGCUUGGUGUGCAAGUGAUGAAGGCAAAGGUUAUCUCGCUAUUGGGGUUCUUGGUCCUCGUACCGAGGAAACAAAGCAUAUUGGCGAAACAACUCCACAUUCUGGUCAAGUCAUUCCUGACACAGGAGACGUACCUGAUGAACUAAAGAAUAUGUGCAUCAAGCCUCUCAAGAAAUGCAAGCACAACGGCUGGCGUGGUAAUCAUGCAGAGCAGUAUGCCUACGCAACCAAGACUCUGACAGAAGAAUUAGCAAAGUUAAGCCAGCAAGAGGCCUCUAUUAUUGAUGAUGCCGAGACUAGAGAAGCCACCAAGGAUUAUAAUGCCGAGAAUACGGUAGAGCAACUUUUUUAA